CAGCGAGGACACUGCCCGGGGCGCACCGAGGGCUGUCCAUCCUUGGAGACUCUCGCUGUGCGCAGGGCCACCCCUCGCCGCGCCCCCAGCCGCCCGAGGAAGGAGGCACAGAAGGCACCAUGCCCCAGAACGUGGUCCUGCCUGGCCCCGCGCCCUGGGGCUUCCGGCUCUCAGGGGGCAUCGACUUCAACCAGCCUCUGCUCAUCACCAGGAUCACUCCCGGGAGCAAGGCGGCAGCUGCCAACCUGUGUCCCGGGGACGUCAUCCUGGCCAUUGACGGCUUCGGCACGGAGUCCAUGACUCACGCGGACGCACAGGACAGGAUCAAAGCGGCGGCACACCAGCUGUGCCUCAAGAUUGACAGGGCGGAAACUCGCUUAUGGUCUCCACAGGUAACUGAAGAUGGGAGGGCUCAUCCUUUCAAAAUCAACUUAGAAUCGGAACCACAGGAGUUCAAACCCAUUGGUACCUCGCACAACAGAAGGGCCCAGCCUUUUGUUGCAGCAGCAAACAUUGAUGACAAAAGACAGGUAGUGAGCGCUUCCUAUAACUCACCCAUUGGGCUCUAUUCAACUAGCAAUAUCCAAGACGCGCUCCACGGACAGCUGCGGGGUCUCAUUCCCAGUUCACCUCAAAAUGGAUGCAGCACUCCGUCCGGUAUUGACGGUAGCAGUGGACGUAGCACCCCUUCCUCCAUCAGCACUGUUAGCACUAUUUGCCCCGGUGACUUGAAAGUUGCUGCUAAGAUGGCCCCUAACAUUCCUUUGGAAAUGGAGCUUCCCGGUGUGAAGAUUGUACAUGCUCAGUUUAAUACUCCCAUGCAGUUGUAUUCAGAUGACAAUAUUAUGGAAACACUGCAGGGUCAGGUUUCCACAGCGCUAGGGGAAGCACCCGCCAUGAGUGAACCCACAGCCUCGGUGCCCCCCCAGUCGGACGUGUACCGGAUGCUCCACAACAGUCGGGAGGAGCCCUCCCAGCCUCGCCAGUCGGGCUCCUUCCGGGUGCUCCAGGAGCUCGUGAACGACGACGACCGUCCCUCCGGCACGCGCAGUGUGAGGGCGCCCGUCACCAAAGCCCCGGGCGGCGCGGGCGGCGCGCAGAGGAUGCCGCUGUGUGACAAGUGCGGGAGCGGCAUCGUCGGGGCCGUGGUGAAGGCGCGGGACAAGUACCGCCACCCCGAGUGCUUCGUGUGCGCCGACUGCAGCCUCAACCUCAAGCAGCAGGGCUACUUCUUCGUGGAGGGCGAGCUGUACUGCGAGGCCCACGCCCGCGCCCGCACGCGGCCGCCCGAGGGCUACGACACCGUCACGCUGUACCCCAAGGCCUAAGCCCCCGGGCCCACAGCACGCGCACGCAGUCACAUGGGACGACGGUCAUGACUUCGGGCAGGGGUCGAGCAAACUGUCGAGUCCAAAACUAACAACACCCGGCUGCCCGCCGGCUGCAGCCCAGACACGCCUGUUGGUGUGCGCGCAGCUCUCUCUCUCUCUCUCUCUCUCUCUUUGGGGUCGGCAGUGACUUCGGACAGGUACACCGAGCAUUUUUCCUUUUUGUAUGUCCAACUCCACCAUUUGCAUUUAUAUUAAGACCAUCAAUCACUGUAAACCUCCAGCGAGCGGGGGGAGACUGAUGGUCUCUCCUUGCCACGCUGGCUGGGCGGUGCCGUAAGCACCGAAGGAUGGCCUUGUAUUCUAGCACAGCCCGCAGUUGUAUGGUCCCUGCUUCAGCCAUGAACGUCCAUGCCGGGGAAGGCCCUGGGUUCCUCUGGUGUCCUCUGCAACCAUCCCACCACGGGAUGUGCACACAUACGCACGUAAGGACCACGUGGAACAUCGGGCGUGUGCCUAGAGGCGGCGCUCCAUGGAGGCAGCGGGCACCCACGCUCCCGCGAGGGGGCCGCUCCGAUGGGCAGCGCGGCCGCUUUAGGAAAACGUGGCUUCCCUGGCGUGUAUUGCUCACUUGCUCUUUCUUAGGAGCCCCCUGGUCUCUGCCGACAGGAGAGGCGCUGGCGUCGGCUAGUUAGAGGGGACGCCGCUCAGAUUAAACCCGUUUCUUUGGCUUUGAAA